AUGGAUACCUCCAACCAGACGUUGCGCUGGGGUUACGCCGGCUACGGAGUGUUCCAAACCAAGACCCCGGUGCAGAACCCCGUGGAUCAGUUUGCAGGACGCGGAGGAGGAGGAGACGGAGGAGGAGGUGGAAAUGGUUUGGGCCACCUGACGAACCUGAUCAUCAACUACUUGCCGCACGACAUGACGGAGUCGGAGCUGCGUCACACGUUCUCCCGGUUCGGCGAGAUCCGGAAGCAUAAGAUCGUCCGGGAUCCCAGGACGGGCAAGAGCAGCUGCUACGGAUUCGUGGAGUUUGUGUCUCCCCGCCAGGCGGCUGCUGCCCAGAUCUGCAUGGACGGGUACGAGGUGCGCGACAAGCGGAUCAAGGUGUCCUACGCCCGAUCCUCCGACGACCAGGUGGGCCAGACCAACCUGUACGUGGCCCACCUGCCGAGCUUCAUGGAUGAGCAGCGGGUGCGCGAACUCUUCGCCAGCUACGGACCCGUUUUGGAUGUGAAUGUCCUGCGCAGCAAGUACGACCGGCAGCCACGUGGAGUGGCCUUCGUGCGAUUCGAGCAGCAACGCCACGCGGAGAUGGCCAAGUUCGGGCUGAAUCAGCAUCUCAUCAGGGGCAGCUUUAAGCCGCUCCAGGUCAAGUUCGUCGACCGGUCGAGCAAAGGGGGCAACCAGGCGAAUCGGACCUCCAAUGGGCUACCUUUCAAGUUCUACCGCCAGGGAAAUGGUCAGCCGCCGGGCUUCAAGCGCCGCCAGGAUAUGGAGAAUCAGCAGAAUCAGGACUCUAAGCGUCCACGCGGAACUGGCUUUUUAACGAUUUCCGGCUAUAAUUAA